CAGCGUUGUUCCUGGAGACGGAGCGGCAGGAACUUCGCUGUGCAUUGUGGGAGCGGCGCUGGGCGCCCGGCUUUGUCUCCGCCCGAGUGCUGCGUUCGUCCUCCUCAGGGUUCCUGGGUUCCGGGAGUCCUGCUCUCCGCGGAAGCUGUUCUGCUUCUUACCUCGAUUUUCCGCUGGCUCGGCGGUCUGCCCGCCUACGCCACCAACAUGUCUGGAGUUCGCGCUGUGCGGAUCAGCAUCGAGUCGGCCUGCGAGAAGCAAGUCCAGGAGGUGGGCCUAGAUGGCACCGAGACGUAUCUGCAGCCUCUGUCCAUGUCACAGAAUCUGGCGCGUCUAGCCCAGCGGAUCGACUUCAGCCAGGGUUCGGGCUCCGAGGAGGAGGAGGCGGCGGGGGCGGAGGGCGACUCGCAGGACUGGGCGGGUGCCGGGUCCAGCGCGGACCAGGACGACGAGGAAGGGUUGGUAAAAUUUCAGCCUUCCCUUUGGCCCUGGGACUCUGUGAGGAACAAUUUAAGAAGUGCCUUGACAGAGAUGUGUGUCCUCUAUGAUGUUCUCAGUAUUGUUAGGGAUAAAAAGUUUAUGACACUGGAUCCUGUCUCUCAGGAUGCACUUCCUCCAAAACAGAAUCCUCAGACAUUGCAGCUGAUAUCUAAAAAGAAGUCACUUGCUGGGGCAGCACAAAUCCUGCUGAAGGGGGCAGAAAGACUGACUAAAUCAGUUACUGAAAAUCAAGAAAACAAGUUACAAAGAGACUUCAAUUCUGAGCUUUUGAGAUUAAGGCAACACUGGAAACUUAGAAAAGUUGGAGAUAAAAUUCUUGGCGAUCUGAGCUACAGAAGUGCAGGAUCUCUCUUUCCUCAUCAUGGUACAUUUGAAGUAAUAAAAAACACAGAUAUCGAUCUGGAUAAGAAGAUACCAGAAGAUUACUGCCCUCUUGAUGUCCAGAUUCCUAGUGAUUUAGAAGGGUCUGCAUAUAUAAAGGUGUCCAUUCAAAAACAGGCUCCAGACAUAGGUGAUCUUGGCACAGUUAACCUCUUCAAACGACCUUUGCCCAAAUCCAAACCAGGUUCCCCACAUUGGCAGACAAAAUUAGAAGCAGCACAAAAUGUUCUCUUGUGUAAAGAAAUUUUUGCACAGCUCUCUCGGGAAGCUGUUCAAAUUAAAUCACAGAUCCCUCAUAUUGUGGUGAAAAACCAGAUUAUCUCUCAGCCCUUUCCAAAUUUGCAGUUAUCUAUUUCUUUGUGCCAUUCUUCAAAUGAUAAAAAAUCCCAAAAAUCUGCUACUGAGAAACAAAGUCCAGAAGACCACCUCUAUGUCCUAGAGCAUAAUUUACAUCUACUGAUUAGAGAGUUUCAUAAACAGACCUUGAGUUCUAUCAUGAUGCCACAUCCAGCAAGUGCACCUUUUGGCCACAAGAGAAUGAGACUUUCAGGUCCUCAAGCUUUUGAUAAAAAUGAAAUCAACUCAUUACAAUCCAGUGAAGGGCUUCUGGAAAAGAUAAUUAAACAAGCAAAGCAUAUUUUCCUGAGGAAUAGAACUGCUGCAACCAUUGACAGCUUAGCAAGUCGCAUUGAAGAUCCUCAGAUACAAGCUCAUUGGUCAAAUAUCAAUGAUGUUUAUGAAUCUAGUGUUAAAGUUUUAAUCACAUCACAAGGUUAUGAACAAAUAUGCAAGUCCAUUCAGCUUCAGUUGAAUAUAGGAGUUGAACAAAUCCGAGUUGUACACAGAGAUGGAAGAGUAAUUACACUGUCUCAUCAGGAGCAGGAGCUACAGGAUUUUCUUCUGUCUCAGAUGUCCCAGCACCAGGUGCAUGCAGUUCAGCAGCUAGCCAAGGUUAUGGGCUGGCAGGUCCUCAGCUUCAGCAAUCAUGUGGGACUUGGGCCUAUAGAGAGCAUCGGCAACGCCUCUGCCAUAACUGUGGCCUCCCCAAGUGGUGACUAUGCUAUUUCAGUUCGUAAUGGACCUGAAAGUGGCAGCAAGAUCAUGGUUCAGUUUCCGCGAAACCAGUGUAAAGACCUUCCAAAAAAUGAUGUUUUACAAGAUAGCAAAUGGAAUCAUCUUCGUGGACCAUUCAAGGAAGUCCAGUGGAAUAAGAUGGAAGGUCGAAACUUUGUUUAUAAAAUGGAGCUGCUUAUGUCUGCACUUAGCCCUUGUCUGCUAUGA